GCAAACCAAUUGGUGGGCGAAAUAAAAUAGUGCGUCCCGAUUGGCUACAACGAUGCAAGUAGCUAGCGUGGACGGAAAGACUGAGUUGAAUGGCAGUAGCUGGAUUGUAGAGUUGGUGUUGUGCUUCAGCUACGGGUCCCGGUGUCUGUCUAAAGUUAAGGUGACCGUAGUUUCAUACUGUAUUCGGUGCAUGUAUGGCAGAAGACAAGCUGACCAAUAUCAGCAAAAGACUCGGAUAAAGGUCGACUUGUCGAUCGACCAAGUUGAAUACAGGUAAAGAAAAGGACCACUAUGGCAAUGGAGAUCGCUAAAUUCGACAUUGAUUCUCCCCGAUGGGACCAAAGUACAUUUGUGGGGAGGUUGAAGCACUUCUUUAAUAUUACAGAUCCCAGGACAGCUCUUGUGCCAGAACAGGAAUUGGAUAGAGCAAAACAGCUUGUGGAUUCCUGUAGAGCAGGUUCUGUGCCACCAGGAACAAGUGUAGAACAACUGCAUUAUGCCAAGAAGCUUUAUGAUUCUGCUUUUCAUCCGGACACCGGGGACAAAAUGAAUUUGAUUGGAAGAAUGUCUUUCCAAGUCCCUGGCGGAAUGGCCAUUACAGGGUGCAUGCUUCAGUUCUACAGAACUGUGCCGGCGGUGGUGUUUUGGCAGUGGGUCAACCAGUCGUUCAAUGCUUUGGUGAACUAUACAAACAGAAACGCAGCGUCUCCAAUCACUCUCACUCAGAUUGGCGUGGCUUACGUGACUGCCACAAGUACAGCGUUGGCUACAGCUGUAGGACUAAACUUGUACACUAAGAAAGCUCCUCCUUUGAUUGCACGAUGGGUUCCCUUCGCUGCCGUGGCGGCUGCCAAUUGUGUCAACAUUCCUAUGAUGAGACAGCAGGAGAUUCUUAACAGCAUUGCAGUUACUGACGAAAACGAUAAUACAUUGGGACACUCAAGGAAAGCUGCUAUCAAGGGAAUCAGCCAAGUUGUAAUUUCCAGAAUAGCCAUGGCCGCCCCUGGGAUGAUUCUCUUACCGAUCUUGAUGGAAAGGCUGGAGUCUUUUCCCUUUAUGAAAAAAAUACGGUUUCUUCAUGCUCCUCUGCAAGUCAUGCUGGCCGGUGGUUUCUUGCUCUUUAUGGUUCCUGUUGCCUGCUCGUUGUUUCCACAGAGAUGCUCCAUGUCUGUAAGCAGCCUUGAACCAGAACUUCGAGACUCUAUAGUGAGCCAAUAUGGAGACAAAAUCCGCUUUGUUUACUUUAACAAGGGAUUGUAACCAUCCUAUAAACAGGACAGGCAAAACCAAAAAUGUGGCCCUUUGUUUGAUAAAGUGAAAUUGGGGCAGAUUUACUAAAAGGCAAAGUGGUCUAUGCUUGUGAAUAUUCGCCAGAAAUCCAAUCCCCAGGGACAUUGCCAAUUUACUAACAGGAGUAGAGGACAAUUCACUAGCGAAAGAGACCGUCGCUAUCACAGUUUCGCACCCUAUCGCCAGGCAAGUUUUUGCUCAGGUGAGCGAUCAUUACUCCGCAAAUUCACUAAUUGCGAAUUUUACAGAACAUUACCCCUCUCACCAGAGUUUCCUUUGCCAGUUUAGACCUGGCGAACUGAUAAAAUGAA